AUGGCUUUAGAACCAAUCAAUUGCACCACCCACUCGAGGGAAAUAGAACAAGAAUAUUUAAAAGUUGUAAGAGGUGAGGAUUCUGCCACUUCCUGGUUAAUCAUCUCUCCAAACGCUAAGAAAGAAUACGAACCAUCACAAACAGGUUCAGACUUCUCUGAAUUUUUACAAUCAUUCGAUGAAACAAAAGUUGAAUUUGGGUUAGCUCGUGUAUCUCCACCAGGAUCUGAUGUGGAAAAAUUGAUCUUGAUCGGUUGGUGUCCUGAUUCCGCUCCAAUGAAACAAAGAGCUUCAUUCGCUUCCAAUUUUGCCACUGUCGCUAACAAUGUAUUAGGUGGAUACCAUGUUCAAGUCACCGCUAGAGAUGUAGAUGAUUUGGAUGAAAACGAAUUAUUAUCAAAAGUUAGUAAUGCCGCUGGUGCCCGUUAUUCUAUUCAAUCUACACUUCCUUCACAAAAGAAGCCCGUGAAAAAACCUGUCCCUACUACACCUCCACCUGUUAAGAAGACUACACCAACACCUGCUCCAAAACUAGAAUCCAAACCAAAGCCAACACCAGCCCUUGAAACGACAACAAGGCCUGCAAAGGAAGUUGCCAAUGAUAAUAAUAAUGAUGAUUGGGAUGAACCUGAGGUAGAAGUUCGUGACUUUUCAAAACACCCAUUAAAGUCAAACCAAUCCACUUAUAAACCAUUAGGUAAAAUUGAUUUACAAAAAGUUAUCCAAGAAGAAAAUGCAAAGGAAGAUCCAAGAUUAGUUCAUGAAUUUUCAAAUGGCACUAACAAUAAGAAGUUUGAUCCAAAAUCUGAUAUUGAAAAUUUAAAAAACCAAUCCAAAUUACAAAGAGAUAAUGAAUUGGACUCAUUUUUAAAUAAAAAAUCUUCAACAAAGGCACCUAUUCCACAAAAUGAUUUUAACAUUGAAAACGAUAAAGAUAAAGUUGUCAGAGGGUUCAAAACUGAAAAGACUCCUGCUCAAUUAUGGGCUGAAAAAAAAGCUAAAACAGCAGCUGCUGCCUCAGCUUCCGAAGAUAAGCUUGAAAAAGAACAAACAUCACCAUCCAAAAAUGAACAACAAGACGAAGAUGAAGACGAAGGAGAACAUGAUGUUAAUGAUUUGAAGUCAAGGUUUGAAAAAUUGGCUUCAUCCACGGAACCACAAAUCAUCCAGCCAAAAUCAUUCUCAAAAUCAGAACCAACUAGAGCUGUCGAAGAAGAUGAACUUCCAUCAAAACGUUCAAUUCAAAAUGAUGUGAAGAAAAUCGGUACUCCCUUACCAGGUAUGCACACUGAAAUCGAAGAACCUGCAAGUGACCAGGACAAUGACGAUGACUGGGAUGAUGAAGAAGAAGAAGAACCUAAACGUACUUUAGCAAGAAAUUUACCUCCACCUCCAGUAAGGGAACAAAGUCCAGCAGCACCAUCUCUUCCUUCAAGAAAUGUUGUUAAAGAAGAAGAACCUGAAGAAGAAGCAGUAGAACAAGAAGAAGAACAAGCACCAAGUUUGCCAAGACGAAACCAAUCAGCUGCGGAAGAGUCUGCAGCUCAAGAAAGUGAAGAAGAAGAAGAAGAAGAAGCACCAAAUUUACCAUCAAGAAACACCACUUCUUCAGCAAACUCUGUGCCACCACCUCCUCCAAGAAGAACCAUGGAACCUAAAGAGGAGACCAAACCAUGGGCUACUGCCGAAUACGAUUAUGAUGCAGGUGAAGAAAACGAAUUGACAUUUGUCGAAAAUGAUAAAAUUAUAAAUAUUGAAUUUGUUGAUGACGAUUGGUGGCUAGGUGAAUUAGAGAAGAAUGGUGAAAAGGGUUUAUUCCCAAGCAAUUAUGUUUCCUUAGGCCAUUAA